GAUGGCAGACGAGAGCGAUAGUGGAUCUGUUCACAGUAAUUUAAGUGAACAAAAUGCCGAUAAAAAAGCACCGUAUAAUAACUGUCUCAGAUUUUAUGCCUUAUAUUCGUUUUACCCUAAUAGAUCUAAUAAACAUGGAAAUACAACACCAGAUGCUAAGCCGAAUGAAGAUGAGUGUAAUUUUAGUUUAAGUAUAGCUGCUACAAAUUUGUCAGCUUCUGCUGAAACAGAUCUACGUCGAUGUCUAGCCAAUAAAUUGUCCAAGGGAUCCUAUAUGCCAGGUUCAGGAAACUUUCUGUCAUUAGGAAUCAGUUCAAGUGAAGAUAUCAGCAAUUCAGCAGUUUGCUAUUAUAAUGUUCUGUCCUGUGAACCUAUAGAAAUAGAAAACAAUGGAGAACCAGAGUACAAACAAUUUGUUGUCUGUUUUGUUUCUUUUUCUGAUAGUUCUCUAGAUUUAUUUAGAUUUGAGUUGGAUACAUACUGUAAAGGUAUAACUAAACUUCUUGAUGCUGAGUCCUCUGUUCUUGUUUCUGAUCCAACCAGUCAACAGUUAUCACAGAUUGAUACUAAUUUAAAAGAUUAUCUGGAUAGUUGGCAUCAAACAGUUUUAGAAUAUUUAACCAGAUGCGUGAAAAGGCUUAAUAAAAACAUACAUUAUCUUAUUUUUUCAUCAUUGCUUGAUGCUCAGUUAAUUAUAACAGGAGCUACACCACAAGAAGAGGAAGACAUCAAUAAAUUUGUUCAGUGUUGUAGUAUAGCUCCACUUGUUGAACAGUUAAGACCAGAACUUGAUGACAAUCUCGUUGAUAUUAGAAAUCAGCCCAUUAUCAAAUUAAACUUGGACAAAGAUUCUGUAACUUUUGACACUAACGGUAACAUUCCAAGUCAAUUUUGUAGACUAGCUGGAGAACAUCUUUUAACUAUUGAGUCUCAAAACAUAACAAAAUUGCGUGAUUCGUUAGAGUCAGUAAAGUUAGCAUUUAUUCAUAACUUAAACAAAGUAAAGAGAUUUUUAAAACAAGCUGAAAUUGAUCAUUAUGCUUUAUACAGAUCUUAUCUUUAUUUACGUAAGUGUGGAUCAGGUGAACUGUUGAUAAGAUAUGUAAAAAUUGAUGCUACAUCAGAAACGCUAAGUGUGUUAAAAACAUUGGAAGAAUUUAUUCAGAAACAAGGGCAUUCUUUGCAAUAAAUGUCUUUGAAUUCAAUAAUAUAACAGGGCUGUGAGCAUAUAAAUAUAUAUAUAUAUAUAUAUAUAUAUGAUUAAAAAAAGAAAGUAGUGCAAGAUAUCGUACAUGUUUUACAUUUUUUUUUAUCAUUCCACAAUAUGUUAUGGUAUUAUUUAUUUCAUGUGAGUGAAAAAUUUAUUUUACAUGUAUACAAUACUUUUAUUUAUUUAAAUUGACUAUGUUAGUCAAUAAAGAGCAUUUUUGAAAUGUGACAAAAAGACUCAAAUUAUACUAGUCAAUAUACGGCACAAAGAGACAUUAUUUGAUUAUUAAUGAGAGGGAAUCAUCUAGGAUUGUUGUAUAUAUAGUGCUAUACACUAUCAAUAAUGUACAAGAUUAUUUUCAGCAUGGGAUAAAUUACAGAUGUAUAUUUAUUUACUUGCUAUUUUACAAUGAGCACAGUUCUAGCAUCUAAAUAUUUGUAUUAACUUAAUCCCUAGUACCUUGCUUUAACAUAGCCUCAGUUUUCCAAACAAUUUCAUUUUCGAAUAUAACAAAGGCUGAAUUACAUAUGACAUUACAAAUUGACAAUAAUUAAUUUUUUUUAUCCUAAUUGACAGGACUUUAGAACCUGAAAUCAAUAGUGUAAUACCUCACUAUCACAAGAUCUGGUUUUAUUAAAACAUCUUUCAGUCAAACACAUCAUUUAUCUAACAAAUGGACAUUAUUAACUGACCAUAUUUAACUAUUAUUUAUUUUUGUAAUGUUUUAAUUAAUAGAGUAUAAUUGAAAAAAUUAUCAUUAAACAGUUGAAGAAAAGUGUAUUCUCUAUAAAUUCUGGACAAACUUAAUCAAUUGAUCAAAAUAAGAUAUUCAUUUUUAUCCAGUUAUUGUUUUAUUGUUACAUUAUUAUGUAUUGUUAUAAAUACUUUGUCUUUGUAUAAGAGUACUAAUCAUGCUAAUGUUCUAUUAUAUCUUUCUUCCAAAUAUUUUUCAUAAAUAAAAUGUACAGUUCAA